UCAUACUUAUUUGCAGACUUUUAUAUUUUAUUUAUAUACAAUACACGAUAUAAAACGAAAAUAUAUAUAUAUAAGUAGCUAAUUUAAAUGCAGUAUAAAGUUAAAGAUAUAAUUCGCAUGUAACGCAUGAAAGAUUGAUGUACGUUAAAAAAUGACGCUUGUUUGGAGAUUAUUGACGAGAAAUAUUGCUUCGAGAAAAAUAAAUUUUCAUAAAUCUUCACUGGUGCAUAAACAAUUAUUUUAUACAUGUUCGAAACCGUUGAUCAGGAUCUAUGGAAAAACAUGUGUAUUUUCUCCGUUAAGAUAUCACGGAAGCAGUACCUUAAAAACGAAAGUUUUAAACUCUACCGUGGAAACUAUCGCACGAAAGAAAAUAUCAGAUUUUAAAAGUUUGUUUAUGUUAGCAGUACCUGAAAAAUGGAGGUUAUUUGGUGCAAUCACAUUUUUACUGAUUUCAUCUGCUAUCACAAUGGCUGUACCUUUUUCUUUAGGAAAAUUGAUUGAUAUCGUUUAUACAACUGAAAAAGAACGUAUGAAAGAAAAACUGAAUCAAUUAUGCAUUAUUUUGUUUGGAGUAUUCCUUGUCGGAGGUAUAUGUAAUUUUUGUAGAGUCUAUUUAAUAUCUACCGCCGCGCACAGGGUAACUCAGUCUUUAAGAAAACAAUUGUACGCUGGUAUUCUUCGUCAAGAGGUGGCAAUGUUUGAUAAAUCCAGUACAGGAGAGUUUGUUGGAAAAUUAUCUGGAGAUACGCAACUGGUUAGUUACGCGUUAACAAGAAAUUUAUCGGAUGGAUUGCGUUCCGCUGUUAUGAGCGUCGCUGGAGUAUCCAUGAUGUUCUAUGUUUCACCUAAAUUAGCGGUGCUUGGUCUGGCUAUAGUACCACCGAUAGCUGGUUUAGCCAUAGUUUAUGGGCGUUUUUUAAAAAAUAUUUCAACCAACAUACAGGAUAGUUUAACGUCGUUAAAUACAAUAGCCGAAGAAAGGAUCAGUAAUAUAAGGACAGUAAAAGCUUUUGCGAAAGAAAUUGAUGAAGUUAAACGUUAUAAUUUUCAAUUAGAGAAUCUGCUCAAAGUAUGCUACAAAGAGAGUUUAUAUAGAGGAAUAUUUUUUGGAUUAACCGGUUUCUCAGGAAACGCGAUCAUCCUGUCUGUUUUAUAUUACGGUGGAACUAUGGUUUCCGACUUGUCGCUGACAGUUGGAAGCUUAAGCGCUUUCUUAAUAUAUGCCGCAUACGUAGGAAUAUCAUUGAAUGGAUUAUCUUCAUUUUAUAGCGAAUUAAACAAAGCAUUAGGUGCAAACAUGCGUUUAAUUGAAUUAAUCGAAAGAGAACCAGCAAUACCUAUUGGCGGUGGUAAAAUUCCGGAAAAUCAAUUAUCAGGUGAUAUUCAAUUCCAAAAUGUUAGUUUUGCUUAUCCUACGAGGAAGAAUGCGUGGAUUUUGAGAAAUUUUACUUUGAACGUUCCAAAAUGUAUGGUGAUCGCUAUCGUUGGAUCGUCAGGUUGUGGAAAAUCUACAGUAGCAUCGCUAUUGUUAAGACUUUAUGAUCCGAAUUCAGGAUGUAUACUUUUAGACAAUCAUGAUCUUAGGUCUCUCGAUCCUUCCUGGGUGAAAUCACAGAUCAGUAUUGUUUCUCAGGAACCUGUUCUCUUUAGUGGAACGAUAAGAGAAAAUAUAUUAUACGGAUUAGAAGAUCCAACAAAAUCUGACGAGAUGGAACAAAUUGCGAAACAUGCUCACGUUUUGGAAUUUACAAAGAACAUGCCGGAUGGUUUGGAUACGUUAGUCGGAGAAAGGGGAAUUACCCUUAGCGGCGGACAGCGACAAAGAGUUGCUAUUGCCAGAGCAUUGAUAAAGAAACCAACAAUUUUAAUUCUGGACGAAGCGACGAGUGCGUUAGAUGCUGAAAGUGAACAUUAUGUACAGCAAGCUUUAGAAAAAGCUGUUCAAGGUCGAACAGUGUUAAUUAUAGCCCAUAGAUUUAGCACAAUAAAAAAUGCUGACAAGAUCGUGGUUUUGAACAAAGGACAAGUAGCAGAAAGUGGAACUUACAAGGAACUUAGGAGUUUAAACGACGGUUACUUUAAUAAGUUAGUUCAACAUCAAACUUUUACCUAAAUCGUAUAAUUUUUAUGUAUCAGAAAAUUGUAUGUGUGUUGUGUGUGUGUCUGUCUGUUUCUCUGUGUGUUUUAUCAACCAAAUGACUGAUAGUGUCUAACGAUUAUUUGUUAAGGUCAUUGAAAAUCACAUUUGUAAUAAAUAAUUAAUAAAUUUAUUAAUUUAUAGAA